AUGGCAAAUAGAGUACGAGAGAUGGUUACGGAUAAGACAAAAUUGCCCUUUAAAACGUCCGAAUACUUCAGCGGUCUCAUGCCAAAGUACGCCGGAACAAAAAAAACUUGUGGAAAAGAUGUGGAUAAGGUUUACGCUGUCGUUUCCAUCACAGAUGAUCAUUGGGUUGCGAUUGCCAUCGACUUCAAAGAUAGGGUUGUCAGAAUAUAUAACUGCGGGACGACUACGGACAUUACAAUAUCUGCAGUGAAGCCUUUUGCAGAGAUUACUCCGUACGUAUUUAAAUGUCUUUGCGGUGACUCCAACAUUAAACCUUAUGAGAUCGAAGAUGUGCCUGGAACCCCUAAAAUGACGCAUCCCGGUGAUUGCGGAGUAUAUACCGCCAAAUACAUUGAGUGUUUGAUGAUGGGAGUUCCGCUUUCUCAUGAACAUCUGCGCGAUGAAAAUAUGGGAAAAAUCAGGCAGAAGCUCGCCGCGGAAAUGUCGGCUUCGAUAAAAUCAUAUGGAGUAACUGCAGACAUCAUCGACACCAACGCACUGGCUAAUGACCUGAUUGCUUGGUAUGACCGGAAACUUAAGCGGAAGUACGGGAACAGGGACAAUUUUAGGCUGUUGAGCUCGGUCUUUGAGCAAGAGAAGCGCGACCACGAGGAGCUCAAAAAGAAGUAUGCUCUCCUGAAGGCGGAGUCUGAAACCCACUCAGCUGAAGUCGCCUCUCUUAAAGAUGAGGUCGCCAGACUUGGUAUGCGUGAGGCUGAACUUGCCGGGGAGGUUGUCAGGCUCGGAGAUCGGGAGAUUUCGCUCAUGGGGGAGGUCGCCAAAUUGGAAACUGAUGUGGCAUUCUCCAGAGACCAUGAGGAGAGGGAGCUGACCAGGUUGCGAAGCGACCGAUUUGCCAAGGUCAGCCGCACCACUCAAAAAGCUCAGGCUCGCCUUGAUAAGGUCAAGAGCUAUAUAAAGGAGCAAGAGCAUAUUGUCCAGCCCAAAAUGGAUGCCCUGAAUCAGUCUAAGGGCGCUCAGGAGAUUGUGACAGUCCUCGUCCGCCGAGGUGCCGUUGUUUCGGAAUCUGAGCCGGAGAAUCUGGCCAAAGAAGCCAGGAUUGCCGAAGAGGAGGUUGAUGCUCUAAAUGUUAUUGAGCUCUCAGAUGCUGACCUUAACUUGUCUCCUGACCAGCUCGGUUUCGGGCUUACUCGGCUAUCUUCUCAGGUCAUUCCUGUUUCAAAUCAGCAUGGCUCAAACUCCGAACUCGUUAGCCGAAGCGACAUUCGACAUGUCACUGUUGAGGAGCGAAACCCUGGAAAUUAGCGAACUUCGCUCCUCCUUAUCUCGUGGUGUUUUUUUUCCUUUUGCUGUAUUUAUUUUUUUGAACUCCUUUUGCUUCUAAACCGUGGACCCUUUUUUGGGGCAGUCUGUCUUUGAACCUGAAU